AACGUAGCAUUGCUGUUUGGGCAUAUGCUAGUCAUCAACAAGGCGAAAUCGGCCAAAGUGUGUUUUGUUGAUGGAACAUUUAGCAUGACACCACGCAUGGAGGAAAGUAAGUGGUAUCAGCUCUUGAUAUUUUUUGUUAAGUAUUCAGCAGUACUUGAAGAUCCAAUUCCAGAUGAGGAUCAGAUGAUUUUUGAUCCUGAUAACCCUCACCUUUGGGGAAUAUCUGUUCCAGCUGUAUGCGCUUUAAUGACAUCGAAAUCCGAGGCUCUAUACAAGCUUGUUUUUUCCAAAAUAAAAGAAGUUUUAGAUUUCUCUCCAGUCACCAUUAUGUCAGAUUUUGAACGAGGACUACAGAAUGCUUUAAAAACAACUUGGAGUGAAAGCUUGGUGAAUGGUUGCAGGUUUUAUUUCGAAAAUUCAAUCACCAAGCAAUUAGCAAUUCUUGGUCUUCAGAGGGAAUACCGCCACCAAAUUCAAGUAAAGAAGUGGGCACGAAAAGUUUUAGCACUUUGUCUCCUUCCUGCAAACACGAUCUUGGUUGCUUGGGGAUCUCAAGUUAUUGAGAUUGCACAAUUUAGUCACGAAAUCAAAAUCAAACUACUUGCUUUUAAAAGUGCUUUGAAUGAAAACUCAAUAAAUGAGGUUGGUGAGAGUCUUCCUUUACUAACUUCUACUUCAACAGAGUUGUUUUUACCGUCAAUGAACGAAAUGCAUUAG